AUGGGGAAGUCUCUUGGGAACAUAAGCGAGUCUGGUCGUGUUGGGUUUUGGAGGCAUGCGCAGAACCUAGCUCCGUGGAGAAACCAUCCAUGCUUUGAACAAGAAAAUGUUUCGCUAGCAUCAUUGGUGCCUUUAACGGUACAUGGGGAUGGAGCCCAGUUCUUCAGAGAUGACGAGCACUAUGUUUAUAGCAUUUCAUCACUUUUUGGGUGCAAUGGAUGCAUACAGACUACACUUCUGAGCAAGUUCCCCAUUGCUAUAAUUCCUGAGCGGUGGAUGCGCUCCUCUCAAGCUCAAAAGUCUGUGAACCAGACAGUGGCGCAGCUGGUGGCCUGGUCGCUCAAAUGCUCCAUCUCGGGAGUAGGGCCUGACGUCGGGAUGUACGGUGAGACCUUGACUGGGUACAGGGCUGAAAUGAGAGGAGUGUCUUUGGGCCCUUGGAAGGCUGCGUACUUUGCUUUCAAGGCGGACCUAAAGGCUCGCAAGUGGAUGCAUUCCUUUUCAAGGUACUACAAGUCAAAACUGAUUUGUGACUCUUGCCUGGUGAGUUCAGGUGCCAGUGAUUCAGCUAUGCGCUACAAGAACUUUAGUCAGGAAGCAGCCUGGCCACUUACGACGGUCUCUCACGAAGACUAUAUGGCGAUGCCGGGCACAAAAACGACAUGGCUUCAGGUCGAAGGGUUUCGGUUGGAGAACUGUGCAUUCGACUUUAUGCACAAUGUCUUUUUGGGCAUAGCAAGAGAUUUAUGUGGUUCAUCCAUCCAAGUUCUCAUCCGCUUCGGGUGGUAUGACCAUGUGGUGGGUGACAUGGACUGCAAGCUUGCAGCUGUUCAAAGGGAGAUGGUGAGAGAUUGUCGUGCGUGUGGGUUCUUCAUGCCAAAGAAACCUGUCUUGACAGAGGCAAACUUGGGUAAAGAUGACUACGCCCAGCUUGGGACACGGUUCAAAGCUUCCCAUGUAAAGCUGAUCGUGUUCUGGAUUGCGAAGAAGACCCAAAAAUGCAGCGAUCAAGCGCCAAAUCACGAUCGAAUCACCCACGUGCUCGCAACUUGCGCCUACAGCUUGCAGCGGUGCAUCGACCUAUGCGACAACAGCGGACUCGUCCUAGAUCCCACUGCUGCAAAUGAAGCCAGUGACAGUUUGAGGCUGCACCUCAAGACCUAUUCGUGGUUGGCAGCUUAUUUCCAUAGGGAAAGGCUUCUCCUUUUCAAGCUCCGUCCCAAACAUCACUAUGUGUACCACCAAGCCAUGCAGUUGAAAGCAUGGCGGAUAAACAUCAAUUCGUUUUCGACAUGGGACGAGGAAGGGUUCCUGGGGCAGAUCAAAGCAAUAGCUACUGCCUGCCACGGAGCGACUGCUACGUACCGCGUGUACCAAAGGUACUUGUUGGUUUUAGCGCUCAUGGUGCAGAGGCAUCGGGAGCUGAACGAUAUGUAG